AUGCUAGGACUUGGAGGCUAUGGCAGUAGCAGUGAGGAUGAGGCCGAGGAUCCUAAAGUGAGAACUUCCUCCAAGAAGUUAUCUCAAAAUAAAAGCACAAUAGCUAAGGACAAUGGCAUCUUAGAGAAGGAAGCCACCGCGAAGCUGAAAGAUGAAUCAAAGAUAGAACCUGGCCCCAUUAAUGGACCAAUUCUAGGGCCCUCACAGCCCGCAGAGAUAGCAACACCUUCCACAGCUCAACUAGAACCAGGCCAAUCUUCUCCAUACUCUGCGUCUCGAGCUCUGAUUCAAGAUUGGACACUGCCUCCUGUUCCUAACCUUGAAAUACCUCCAUCGCCACCUGGGUCUCCAAACCCUGUUGCGAGCGGCAAAACAACACAAUUCCUCUCGCUGAAGAAACAAGGAGUGCAUUUUAAUGAAAAAUUAUCGUCGUCCUCUUCGCUCAGAAACCCGAGUCUCUUCGUCAAACUUCGGGAGCACACGGGCAUUGGCAACGAGAGUCAAUAUUCCACAACUCUUCCACAUGAUAUAUGGGAUCAUACUGCUUUACCCGCAUGGGCAUAUAAAGAGGAGCUCUACAGAACGCAGCAAUCUAUACGUGCCAAGAUCGAGGAAGCAAAGCAGUCCAACAAGAAUAGGCCGGCAGUUGAAUUCGUUCCUUCUUCCGGUCGUCACGACUAG